GAUGCAAAAUUAUGAAUUUCCAUCAUUAAGGAGUAGUUGUAACGAUUUAUUAUCGUCCGUUGUUGAACCUCCUAGUUACGCGGCCAAGUUGAAUCGAUCUUGCCAGGAACUUCCUAUAAAAGUUAAUUCGUCCGAAUUUGUUAUUUCGGCUGAAGAUUUUCCCGAAUUGAGUCGUUCAAGAUCAUCGAAAAAAAAGAAUAAAAAUUGUAGAAGAAACGAAAAUUUAAUAGAAAAGAAGACGACAAGAUUUAGUGAAACUUUUACCAAAGUACCAUUGAAUAUGAUAAAAGACCAUUACGGUAUUGCCGGCCUUCUUUCGUUCAUCAGACAAUCCGAACAGGAUCAAGAUAAAACAAUAUUAGCUCCUGGCGUCGAGUUAACCACUAUGGGUUUAGAUAUGAACUCGACAGAUCUGGUUCACAGAAAUAUGCUAUCGCCCUUUACAAGCUCGACCAAUUGUCUUCAUCGAAUAGACGCAGAAGUUCCUGAAGAAUAUCAUAUUAACGAAUUCAUAAAUGAGCAUUUAUCCCUAAUCGAUGUUGUAAGAUAUGGUGUUGAUGUUCUCUUUUUCCAGUUCUAUUUACAGCCGGGUGACGUUAUUCAAACAAUUGCUGCAUACGAACUCUAUAGAAGGGGAUGGAGAUAUCUGAUCAAUUCUCAACUCUGGAUUGCCAGAUUACCGGGAACAGAACCAUAUCAAAGAACGCCAUUAAGAGAACAAGGACGCUAUUACGUUUUUGAUCCGCAAAUUUGGGAAAGAAAAAUUCGCGAUUUAGUCGUCGAUUAUGAAAAUAUUGAUAAGAAGCCUAUAAUCUAUGAGGAUUUUCUCAAUAUACCGUACUAUGUUCCGGUGGUUAAACGAGACGUCAUUUAA